GUAUCAAUAACGGAAGCGUUCUGAAAACACCAGUGGGCUAUUAUCUGCGAGCUUUAUAAAGUGUCUUCUGGGGUGUACCAAAGUAAAACAAGACGUAUCUCGUACGGAAUGCUGAGCCGCCUGGCUAUACCAAAGUAAUCUUGAUCAUUGCAAAAUGUUGGACAUUUUUCUCAGCGAAUUGCUCCAGCAUCAGGGCACCCGACUUGCCGUCGAAUUUAUCAUCUCCAUUGCUGCCAUCGCCUUAGUUCGAGAGAUUGGGAGCAGAUGCUUGGCAAAGUACCGCUUACGGGCACUCCCAUUGGUCAAUGGGCUCGGUCUAUUCGAGUCUGACAAAAGGUCGAGAGAGAGCUUUUUGUUCAACGCCCAGAGCUUGUUGGACGACGGAUACGCAAAGUCCUCCAAGGCCUUCCGGGUACAGACAGACAACGCGCAAGUGGUGGUUUUGGCACCUGAAUGUUCAAGCGAGAUUCGGAACGACGAUCGCUUCAGCUUCACUCACCUUCUAGCAGAGGACUUUCUGGGGCACAUCCCUGCCUUUGUCAACUUUAGUCCGCACAAUGGCCUGAACGACAUGGCAAAAGAGGUCUUGACAAAGAAGCUUAACCCAUCUCUUGGCCUUGUUACCAAAGAUAUCUCAGCCGAGGCAACACUCACGUUCCGCGACCAGUGGACGGAUAAUACAGAAUGGCACGCGCUAAAUAUGAAGGAAACUAUCCUCGAGAUUGUGGCUCGUAUAUCCUCGCGCGUCUUCCUCGGGCCAGAGCUCUGUCGGAACCCUGCCUGGCUACGAAUCACCGUCGACUACACCAUGAACCUCUUUUUCGGGGUUAUGGCGCUGAAGAAAUGGAAUCGCCUUCUGCAUCCAAUCGUGUGGCGCUUCGUUCCAGAGGUCCGAAAGGUCCGCCAGCAGAUCGAACAGGCGGUACGCCUCAUCCAGCCCGUCGUGGAUGAGAGGAUUGCUGGGUCUCGAUCUUCAGCCGCCUCCUCGAGCAAGGCAAAGUAUACGGACGCUAUUCAAUGGGCUCACGAACUGGCCGAUGGCAGGCCUUAUCAUCCGGCAUUACUGCAGCUCGGCUUCUCACUGGCAGCAAUUCAUACGACAACCGACCAUCUAAGCCAGGCUCUUUACGACCUGUGUUCUUACCCGGAAUAUAUAGAACCUCUGCGAGAUGAGUUGGUUACUGUUCUAAAGGAGAGCGGCAUGACCAAAGCUGGGCUGUUCAAACUCAAGCUUAUGGACAGUUUCAUGAAAGAAAGCCAGCGAUUGAAGCCCGGAGCUAUGCUCAUGAUGCGACGUUUGGUAAUGGAGGAUGUAACUCUUUCCAACGGCGUCUUUCUACCCCAAGGUACACAAAUUGGCUUCCCACUACGCUCGCAUUUCAACCCGAAGGUCUACUCGGAGCCCGACAAGUUUGACGGAUACCGCUAUGUCAAGAUGGCAGAUGAUCCAGAGAAAGAGAUGUUCCGCCACUUUGUCUCGACGAGUCCUGAGCACAUGGCCUUUGGUUUUGGGAAACACUCUUGUCCAGGGCGCUUCUUUGCAGCGAUUGAAGUCAAGAUUGCGCUUUGUCACAUCUUGCUCAAGUAUGAUUUCAAGCUGGCAGAGGGGACUACACCCACUGUUAUGAAAAUGGGCUGGAAUUUGGUUGCGGACCCGAUGGCACAAUUAAUAAUUAAGCGUCGCGAGGGAAGAGACGAAAGUAUACUCCUUAGCUAAGAAAAGAAUUACUACGGUAGAUCCUAAUAGAACUUACACUAGGUAAUAAUUAGGUAUACUGCACUAGUAAUAGCUUUUUAAGCUGUAUAACUGCCG